UCACUCUACAAGCUAGUAUCGAUCACAACACAGAUCCAUCGUCACAAUUCGAAUACGGCAUUCCCGAGCUGAAGCCAAAGCAAGAACAAGAACAAGAACAAGAACAAGAAUCGCGAGUCAUACAUUCCCGCUGUGCAGAAGAAUUCUUCCCAGGACCAAGUGGAUCACUCAAAGCAUACCCACGCCACGAUGUCCACAGAACCCAACCUCAAGACAUUGCAUCCCUGGCUUCAGGAGAAUACCACUCCAGUAGGCUCCACAGGCGGGACUGUGAAGAGCUUCUCCCAUGAUCUCGGCGACAACGGACCCAUCCUCUGCGCGGUCCACGGCUGGCCGCAGAGUUCGUAUAUGUGGCGCCACGUCCUGCCCUCCCUCCGUCCCAGAAUCUCCCUGUUCGUCCCCGAGAUCCCGGGCUACGGCUUCUCCAGCCCGCCGGCCGCCUACGACAAACGCACCGUCGGCGCGCUCAUCCUCUCCGCGCUACGGACGACCUUCGGGUCCAGCCGGCCGAUAAUCUGGUGCGGCCACGACCGCGGCGCGCGGAUCGGCCACCGGCUCCUGGUCGACCAUUCCAAUCCCUCCUCCUCCUCACCAAAGGAUCAAGACAACACCAACCACAACGAGAUCCUGUCCGCGAUCAUCAUCGACAUCGUCCCCACCCUGCGCCAGUGGCAGUCCUUCUCGCACCCGGCCGCCAGCCGGGCCUAUUUCCACUGGCCGUUCCUCGCGCUGCCGCACGCCGCGGACAUGAUCCUCGCCAUGGGCGGGGCAAACUUCACGCGGAUGAACCUGCGGAACGCGCUGGGCGAGAACCCCGCGGGGCGCGCGGGCUUCGAGGCGGACGGCGCGGUCGAGGUCUACUGCCGGCAGUUCGACGACCCCGAGUGCGUGCGGGGGGCCUGCGCGGAUUACGCGGCGGCGGCGGGGGAGGACGUCGAUCUGCAGAUGCGGGACAUGGAGCAGCCAGGAGGAGGAGGAGGGGGAGGGGGAGGGAGGAACGUCAUCCGCGUGCCGACGAUGGUGAUCUACUCCGCGAGGAACCUGGGCAGGAUGCACGAUGUGCCCGGGGCGUGGGAGGGAUGGAUCGACGCGGGCGUGGAGGCGAGGUUCGUCGGCGUCGGGGACGGCCACGGGCAUUAUCUCCCCGAGGAGGCGUCGGAUCUCGUGGCGGAGAGGAUCCUGGAGUGGAUCGAGCGGACGGCGGGGGGGAAGGGGGAGGGGAAGUAGCGGGGGAAGGAAAAACACGAAGAGCCCCUUUGGACCGGAGGCGGACGGCAGUGGACGUAUCUAUGGAAAAAGGAUCUAUUGGUAUUUCGAGGGGAUGUUUGUUGUCCGGUCUAGAAGAGGGUGUGGGUAUCAUCGCGCUAUGUAAAAAAAGGAGAUCUGA